AUGAAUGAAAAGAAGAUGGGUGAUUCGUAUGACGAAGAUGAGGGUCGUUUGAUGAUAGAUGAUGCUAUUCUGGACAGUACUCAUUCAUCCCAAGCAGGUUGCGCAGAAACAUCCUUCAAAACGACCAUUUACGAAAAAACGGUUGAAUUAACACCGAGUUCCGAAGAUGGCGUGGAAAGUCAUCCGGUUGAUCCUGAACCGAAGCCGAAUUUUUAUUGUGAAAGUGGAGUCCCAAAAGUAGUUCAGGGUAUUCAUCGAGAUGAUCGAUUGAAAAUGACAAUCAAGCGGACACAGAGCCCAGUCAACAGUGGUGGACAGUUUUCAUAUCUUGGAGAAAAACGUGUUGAUGGUUCAACACGAAGUGAGGAUAUAUCUAAAGAGGAGGGAGAAAUCGAUGAUGAAGAAGAAGCGGGUAAUAGUUUACAUGCGCAAUCAACCGCUGUAAACAUUCAAAAGCCAGCUAAUUGGCCUGGACAUCAGAAUACUGGUUUUGAAGCAGGAUCUGCUGGCACGGGCAAAUUUCGUCACGGACAACAACAGUUUGAGCAUCAUGGUCUGUACAGCACAUCGCAUUCUGGCACUCGUCAGCUAGCAGUUAAUAUUUCUCUAUCUUCGAACGUAACUUCUCCAGGACCAGCAAGUGUGACAGGUUCAGUAACGCUUGAAGGACACAACUCUCAUGUUCUCUCUGCAUCAUAUACACCACAAAUCCAAACUUCUACCAAUGAGGCACAAUUUGGUGAAGGCUCUGCAGAUUUGGAUCGGCAGAACAUUACUGGUGUUGGCUUGAAAAAUACAGGAAUGCACGCUUCACCAAGCAGCAAAGUACGAAAAAAGAAACGUCGUAUGAGCGAGCGAGAUGAGCAUGAAACCUGCCAAGCUUCUUCCAGCAACACAACACCCUCCUUUAAUAUGGCAGCUUCACAAUUAGGCAUAAUUUCUGCAGGUGCUAGUUCAUCGAAAAAGAAGAAACAGAAUAUACGGGAUCGCUCAACAUGUGUUAGUGUGAAAUCCGUGCAAACUAAUGAUGGAGAUAUAGACUUAAAAGUUGGCUCAACUCACUGUCUCAAUAUUUCCGUACUUGCAAAAGCUUCAAAUUAUUUGUAUUAUGUUACAAAUUGGAAUGGGCAUGAUUUGUAUGGUGUUUUGGGUGAUGGUUCGCCUCCUUUACAACAUACUUAUAUGAGUAAAAAGUGUAGUGGCACGUCUGCAUCAAACAGUUCAUCCGGGUUUGACUUAUUCAGUUCGCAUGAUAAAACAAAUGGUGGCAGUCCAUUAAAACAACGACUUAAUACCAAAAGGUCGAAUAGAAGCUCCUCAGUCUGUCCACCAAAUGGAUUUUCUGAAAUCAAGUCAGCUGGAAGAAAAGGUUUGAUCGGAAGUGUUGGUCGACCAUCAAGCGCUUCAACCAGCGAUGUACAGUCUGUAGGGGGGGAUCUGCAAGAUGAAGAAAGGUCUCAGUCGCCGGUCUCAUGGUUCACUUCGGGAAGUAAUGAUCCAAUAUCCGCACUCGGUUCAUUUGGGACCGUUGCAGAUAAUGGUUCAUCUCAGUUACGCGAAUGCGUUUUAUCUACAAUGUAUUCCUGUCCGGUAGCAGGUUGUGAACAUCGCUAUGACACGCAGUCACAGUUGGCGGUCCAUUACCAUACGCAUUUUGUAAAAGAAGAUGGAGGAAGAGCGAUCUACGUUGAAACUAUGGGUACUCAGACAAAUUUAGUCGUCACGAAAGAUGUUGCUGUUGAUACAGACAGAGAACUAACUCAGAUUCGUACAAUUUCCUCAGAAGAAAUUGUUCCGGAAGUAAGGAAACCCAAAGGCGAUGAAAAUAGCGUCAAUUUAGUUUCACCGAAGCCGAAAUUAUCGAAAACGCUCACGAAUCAUGAAGAACAGAGUAUUAGUGAGCUCUUCAAGGUUGUCACACAGAAGACAGAAACAGGCGGUGCAGCUGCAAAAAAUGAAGGAAAGAAAGCGUUUACUGAUAGAAGUCCAAAAAAUACUAGCACAAGCAAAGUGUAUGGUGCCUUACUUAGUAGUAAUGCAACGAAUCAGAAUGAAAUGGCUACUGCAUUGGAUGCGAUUCGUAAAAUGGUGACAAAUAGUAGUGGUGAGACUCAUUCACGUGAGCAGCAAUCGAUGACUGUUAUUUCCAGCUCCGGAAUACUGCCAUCAACUAGCAUUUCUUCUACGACACCUCAUGGUGGGACUGCUUCACCUGCAUUUUCAGACAUUUCGGAUGAUGCACCCACUUUAGAGAAAGAGGUGGCUGAUAAAUCAGAAGAGCGAUCUUUGGAUCGAAUCAAGGAAUUAGUAAAUAGCACCGAAAAAGCCCCACUAGAACAGUUAAGUUUGUCGAUCGAGGAUGAGAAAAUGAUCACAGUAUCGAAAAGCGGAGUUGGUUCAUCCACUUUGCUUUGUCCUGUAAGCUCAUCAACGACCACUAUCGCUACUACUGUUCCUCGAGUAUCAACAGAAACGAAUCAGGGCUUCGCUUCUGAUGGUUCAAAAAAGAACGAAACGAAAACACAAUCACAAACAAAUACUAUCGGUUCUUUUGCGUCAUCUUUCAUGGACCCAUCAGGAUUGCGUCAUACGUCCAUUAUCCCAAUUUCUAUACCGAACUUGUCAAACGCCCCUUCUGCUUCAGUUUUUGCGCAGCCAUAUUUCAUACCAUUCAUCAGUCCAUCAGUAAGUAGUACCACAACUCCAGGAAUGUCACAGCCUCAUACUUCAAAGCAUAAAAUUCAUGAUUUGAAGGCCAAUCCGCCAAGUUUGAUUCCUUUUCAAUCUAAAGAAAGCAUUGGUCAGUCAUCUUCAGUUGUUGCCUCCUCUAAUUCCCAACCUCUAUCACAAGGAGGAACAGGUAAUAUAUCAGCAGCGAAACAAACCGUGCACCAGCAACUAGGAGGUCAGAAUGCUACUUCAGGAAAUUCUUUCGCUAGCAUUCAACCUCAUGUCUCGACCAAUAGCGACCGUAGCGCAAGUGUCCAGAAUGCACAAUCUUCCGCAUUGAACUUUAUGCAGCAUCAACAACA